CGUGCGCGCGGCUUGGGGCUCCCGGGGCAGCCCUCGGUCUCCGCGAUCUCAUUGGUUGGGGAUGUGUCUAUUUACAUCAUCCACGAACUUCUCCCAGAUCCGGCUGACCUUAGGUUAUGGGCAGAUCAGAAAGCCAGAUGGAUAUAACUGAAAUCAGCAGCCCCAAGCCGAAGGCAAAGCAGCGAUGGACCUCCCUGGAGCUGAGUCUUUCCGUUCUUGUGCUUCUGCUCACCAUCAUAGCGGUCACGAUGAUAGUUCUUUAUGCCACCCAUGACGAUGGAAUUUGCAAGUCAUCAGAUUGCAUAAAAACAGCGGCUCGGCUGAUUCAGAACAUGGAUGACACCGUCAACCCUUGUACAGACUUUUUCAAAUAUGCCUGCGGAGGCUGGUUAAAGCGGAACGUCAUUCCAGAGACCAGCUCACGUUACAGUAACUUUGACAUUUUACGAGAUGAGCUAGAAGUCGUUCUGAAAGGUGUUCUUGAGGAGCCGAAAACCGAAGAUAUAGUAGCAAUACAGAAAGCCAAAACGUUGUACAGAUCCUGCUUAAAUGAAUCUGUAAUUGAUAGCAGAGGUGGUGAACCUUUGUUAAAACUCUUACCAGAGAUCCAUGAAUGGCCAGUAGCAAUGGACAACUGGGAAACAGUAUAUGGUAGUUCUUGGACAGCUGAACAAUCCAUUGCAGAGUUGAACUCAAAUUUUGGGAAAAAAGUCCUGAUCAAUCUUUUCAUUGGCACAGAUGAUAAGAACUCCAUGCAGCAUAUUAUUCACAUUGAUCAACCUCGACUUGGUCUACCAUCACGUGACUACUAUGAAUGCACUGGCAUGUAUAGAGAGGCUUGUAUAGCAUAUGUGAAUUUCAUGAUUUCUGUGGCUAAACUAAUACGCCAGGAUAAAGGACUGUCCAUCAAUGAGACCCAGAUUGCCCUGGAAAUGAAUCGAGUCAUGGAGUUGGAAAAAGAGAUUGCCAAUGCUACAACUAAAUCUGAAGACCGGAAUGACCCAAUCCUCCUCUAUAAUAAAAUGACCCUAGCCCAGGUCCAAAACAACUUUUCAUUAGAGAUUAAUGGAUGGCCAUUCAACUGGGCAAAUUUCACAAAUACAAUCAUGUCAACUGUGAAAAUUAGUGUUGCAAAUGAGGAAGAUGUGGUUGUGUAUGCUCCCGAAUAUUUAAUCAAACUUAAGUCCAUUCUUACCAAAUAUUCUCCCAGAGAUCUUCAAAAUUUAAUGUCCUGGCGUCUCAUUAUGGAUCUCGUAAGCAGCCUCAGCCGAACCUACAAGGAGUCAAGAAAUGCUUUCCGGAAGGCUCUUUAUGGCACAACAUCUGAAACAGCCACUUGGCGACGUUGUGCUAAUUAUGUCAAUGGGAACAUGGAAAAUGCCGUUGGACGACUUUAUGUAAAAGCAGCAUUUGCUGGCAACAGCAAACACAUGGUAGAAGAUCUGAUCUCGAAGAUUCGGGAAGUUUUCAUUGAGACUUUAGAUGAUCUCACUUGGAUGGAUGCUGAGACUAAAAAAAAAGCUGAAGAUAAGGCCAUGGCAAUUAAGGAAAGGAUUGGCUAUCCUGAUGACAUCAUUACAAAUGACGAGAAACUGAACAAAGAGUACAAUGAGUUGAAUUACAAAGAGGAAGAAUACUUUGAGAAUAUCUUGAAAAACCUGAUGUUUAGCCAAAAUAAACAGCUAAAGAAGCUCCGAGAAAAAGUGGAUAAGGAAGAGUACGUAAAUUCACGUUUGUGGAUAAGUGGGGCAGCAGUGGUCAAUGCUUUUUAUUCUUCAGGCAGAAAUCAGAUCGUGUUCCCAGCUGGCAUUCUUCAGCCUCCGUUCUUCAGUGCAAACCAGCCCAGCUCCUUGAACUAUGGCGGCAUCGGCAUGGUCAUAGGACACGAAAUCACCCAUGGCUUUGAUGACAAUGGUAGAAACUUCAACAAAGACGGGGAUCUCAUUGAUUGGUGGACUCAGGAAUCUGCCAAAAAUUUCAAAGAACAGUCUCAAUGUAUGGUAUACCAAUAUGGAAACUUUUCAUGGGACCUAGCAGGCGGCCAACACCUCAAUGGAAUCAACACUCUGGGUGAAAACAUUGCUGACAACGGAGGUGUUGGACAAGCAUAUAGGGCCUAUCAGAAUUUUGUGAAAAAGAAUGGGAAAGAGAAGUUACUUCCUGGACUUCAGCUCAACCACAAACAACUGUUCUUCUUGAACUUUGCUCAGGUAUGGUGUGGGACAUACAGACCGGAAUAUGCUGUCAACUCCAUCAAAACUGAUGUUCACAGUCCAGGCAAUUUCAGGAUCAUCGGAACUUUGCAGAACUCCCCAGAGUUUUCAGAAGUCUUUCAGUGCCGCAAAAAUGAUUAUAUGAAUCCAGAAAAGAAGUGCCGGGUGUGGUAAUUCUAGAGAGGACAGACUGACUUCCCUGGACAGCAGAAAUCUGGAACUUUCUAUGGGAGAAAAAAAAAACUGUGUACCAAACUCACUGUAAUCACAAGAGGCUGAUUAACUGGGGGGCGGGGGGAGAAAAGAGAAAUGCAUUAAGAUUUUAAUUUCAGGUUAAAGAAAGUAACAGUGUAGCCAAAAUUGGAUGUGAGCUGCUCAAUGGAGGACCCAGGUUAAUAUCUACUAAACCUACCCCAACUGUGUAUGCACGUAAAGCUUUACUCUGGAAUAGUGGUUUCCAGUUAAUGUUGGUUUCCCAUUUGGUAAACAGAAUGAAUAUUCUCACUUGGGAACAGGGUUAAUCGCCUAUGAGUGCAGAUGAUUAUUUUUAAUCAAAGGGAGGGAGAAAAUGUCAAAGAAUAUGGUAGGAUAACAGCUGUCUAAUGAGAACACAAUAGUUAGAAACCAGAGAAAUAGGCCCUGCCACCUCUUUAAAUGUGGAGUAUUGGGUUUUUCUUCCUGAUUCAUCAAUGGCCUCACUCAAACCCCUUCAAAGAAUUCUUAGAAGAGUGGGGAUUUGGGGCUUGAAGUACUUUUGAAAAGAAGUCAUUAUUCCUAUAAUCAUUAUUUUUUAUUCCAAGGCAACUAAUUUUUCAUAAUCAUAUUCAAUUAAGAAAGGAAAAUAUAGAAUAGGUCUCUGUCUUUGAUCCUCCACUGACAGAUAUUGAAAAGCCCCAAGCUCUCUUGUAAUUUUCUAAAUAAUUUCUUGUUCUCUCUAGACCUGAUCUUUUUAAAAGAUUUGUAGUAAUGUAUAAAUCAUAAUUUUUAUAUUUAAUUAUUAACUGUGUGUAUGAAAAAGUAACUGCUAUAUCUAUAUAUAUCUAUAUAGAGAGAUGGACGUGAUCACUGAUCCACUCUUGGGGAUUGGCAUUUCAGGUUGAGAUAUGAAACAUUCUUUACAUUAAGGAAACAUCUGCCAACCAAUGUCUGUAAAGUACUGUACAGAUUAAAAUUUGAGACAUUUUUUAAAAAAUGAUAAUUCAUAUUUGCAAAAAAGCUUUAAGCCAGUACUUUUGUGUAAGAUCCACUUUCAGAUAAAUUUCCCAGAGGCCUGACUGACAUCUGUAUUGUAGAAGCAAUCAGAAAUUUCCAAAAAUCAAUAGUUGAUUCCCAUGAUUUGUACUGCAAUGGGUAAAGCUGCUUCUCUGUGGUUCUGUGUAGGAAUGGAACUCCCCUGGGUCAUGAAGGGGCACAGCCUCACUGGGGCAAGUCUAGGCCUCAGCAGGACGCCCACUUAGCAAUGGCAAGGUAACAAGGAUACGCUGUUACUAGUCUAAAGAUUCCCUACUAUUAAUUCCGUCACAUCAGUGGGCACUGAUGUUGAUGAGGGCGUUAAUGGAAGGGGAGAGAGGACAGGUCCAAAGGCCUUCAGAGUGCUCCUGUCCACUGUCAUUGGUUGAUUGAAUGAUCAUUCUGCAUUAUAGCAUCAUAGAAUCUUAGCUUGAGGGCUAAAAGGGGCCUCAGAGGUCACCAAAUUCAAAUCUGUCAUUUUCCAGAAGAGAAAACUGAAGGCCCGGAAAAGUACAAUGGCCUGUCCAGCCUAGUGAUUGCUAGACUUAGACUUGGAACUUAGGACCCCUGACUCCAAAUCCAGCAGGCCAGUCAGAAAUGAUAUGAUAACUAAUGAAGACCAUUGCAGGCUACUAAGCUAAUGGUGAUUAUUAGCUCAGGCAGCCAGUGAUAUAAGUAGAAAUUCCAGAGGGAGCAGUCUCCCCCUCCCACAUUUUUCCAUGAUCUCUAACUAUUUCUGGGAUUCUACGAUAAAGAAAUAAUGUCCUGCAUACGACCUUGAUUCCAUGUUAUGUUUAUUUUAUCUUUCAAUGUCACCUGAUGAAAAUGUUUUUUAUAAUAAACAAAUUGUGAGACUGAUUCUCACCAA